AUGCAAUCAUCAAUAACCGCGGAGACAGCGCCACAGGGCGACUGGUCCAACAGACUCACGCAAGACGAUACUAAGGCAGAACUUGGAGCCAGCCAGGAAGUCGAUCUUCAUGGUUCGGAACGUGUUCGUAGAGGAUUUCUCCCGUGGUUAUGUCUCGUCCCGGCCUUGAAGGAUCCCAAGCAAUAUCCCCCGGUGAUGAAAUGGGGGUUGACCUUCAUUGUGGCGAUGGGAGGGUUGGUGGUUCCGCUGAGCAGUGGUGUUUUGUUCCCAUGCCUGAUUGAGAUGGCCGUGGAUCUGGAUACCACCGUGUCGGUGGUGAAUUUGUCUAUCGCUUUUGCUUCACUCUCUGUUGCCAUCACGCCCUUGUGGUGGUCAUACCUCGCCGAGCUCUACGGCCGUCGACUUGUAUACCUCUUGUCCUUCUUAUUCCUUGGGGUCUUUAGCAUUCUAGCCGCUAUUAGUCCUAAUAUUGGGAUGUUUAUCGCCAUGCGACUCCUUGGGAGUGCCUCCAGUGCGUCCCUUCAAGCUGUCAGCGCCGGCGGCGCGCUCACUAUGCGUUGGAGUUGGCGCAGCACGCAAUGGUUUAUGGUCAUCUAUGGGUGGGCCGUGUUUUUAGUUAUGGUCUUCUUCAUGCCAGAGACAGCCACGAACCUCGAGCAGAACCGCUGCAAGAUCCGAAAUGACACUGCCAGCCCCGGCAAGAAACCUCCUAUUGUUAUUACAGUCUAUUACACCAGCAUCGUCUUUGCUACGUACUACCUCAUCUCUGUCUCCAUUGAAGACACCUUCGCCCGGCCACCAUACACCUGGAGCUCCAUAAUUGUCGGUGUGGCCUAUAUCCCCGGCGGCCUGGGACUACUCGUUGGUGCGAUCAUUGGAGGCCGCUGGCAGGAUUAUAUCAUGGUGCGGACCGCUCGAAAGGAAAGCCGAUACGAUGAUAAAGGGGAGUUGAUCCUCCAUCCAGUGGAUCGUUUGGGCGAAAACUGCCUCAUUGCGGGCAUCCUUUUCCCCGGGGCACUCGUGUGGUGGGGAUGGACAGCUGAGAAGCAUAUGUUCUGGCUGAUCCCACUCCUCGGAAACUUCUUCUACGGAAUUGGCGGAAUGAUCCUUACUAACGUGACCAUGACGAUGCUGACAGAAUUUACACCGAAAAACUCCACCAUUGGCGUCGCGGUAAAUAACCUGGUGCGAAACAGUCUGUCAUGUGUGAGUGCAAUUAUUGCACAGCCGUUAUUUGAUGCAAUUGGCACGGGUUGGUCGUUCACGGCGAUUGGUUUAUUCUGUCUGCUUAGUGGCAUUCCGUUGAUCUUUCUGCGAAUCAAGCGGGAUGAAUGGAGUCGGCAGAUGAAGGCUGUGCUCGAGAAUGAGUAG